AUGGACAAAUCGCUUGACGAGGUCAUUGCUUCUCGCCCCAAGGGCGCCCGUCGUGGUGGUGCUGGCCGUCGCGCAGGUGCAUCAGCCAAGGCCCAAGUUCUUGGAACCACUGGUGCCCACCCCGCCACCCGUGCUGCCACUACCGGCGCUAUUAAAGCCGCAGGCACAACCCCUGCGCAACCUGCCGACAAAAUCAUUGUUUCCAACCUACCAACAGACGUCAAUGAAGUUCAAAUCAAGGAUCUCUUCCACUCUACCGUCGGACCCCUUCGUGAUGUCACUUUGCACUAUGACAGCGCUGGACGGUCAAAAGGUGUCGCAGCGGUUCAAUUCCAACGGAAGGGCGACGGCACAAAGGCCUACCAGCAGUAUAACAACCGAUUGAUCGAUGGGAAACGCCCGAUGAAGAUUGAAAUCGUUGUCGACCCCGCUCGUCCUGCCCCACCUGCUUCGCUCGUGUCGCGUGUUGCUCCUGCCCCUUCUGCAGCAGCAGCAGCUCCAGAAGCUCGGGGUGCCAGGCCUGCCGCGCGUGGCGCUCGUCGUGGAAGAGGUCGUGGAAGGAAGGCUAAUGAGAGGCCUCAGAAGAGCGUCGCCGACCUUGAUGCAGAGAUGGAGGAUUACACUGCGAGCAGUGCCGUUGCUCCCGCUGCCGCUUGA